UGGUACUUUUUAUCAGUGACUACGAGUAAGUCCAGUACAAACCACUACUUUUAAAAUGGAAGCUAAAUCCCCAUCCAACAAUAAACCCCAAAUUGUGUGGCCAAACGUCAUCGUAAUUUCAUUGUACCAUUACAUCGCCCUUCAAGGGUUAUUUUAUCUAGUCACUUGUAACAUCAAAUGGCAGACAUUUUCAUUCACUGUAAUAAUGGCAAUGGCGUCGGGUCAAGGCAUCACUUCAGGCGUCCACAGACUAUGGGCCCAUAAAUCCUACAAGGCUAAGUUGCCUUUAAGACUACUUCUAUGUUUUUUGCAAACUGUAGCUUUCCAAAAUAGCAUCUACGAGUGGUCCCGGGACCACCGAGUCCACCACAAAUUCACAGACACCGACGCCGACCCCCACAACAUCACCAGAGGGUUCUUUUUCUCCCACAUGGGGUGGCUGAUGAUGCGAAAGCACCCAGACGUGGCCAAAAUGGGCAAACUCGUGGACAUGAGUGACCUAGAAGCGGAUCCGGUUGUCCAGUUCCAGAAAAAGUUCUAUGUGGCUUUGGCACCAAUUUGUUGCUUCAUUUUACCAACGGUUGUACCGUGGUAUUUCUGGAACGAGGAUCUGUAUACGUCGUUUUGUACCGCUGGAAUGCUGCGCUAUGUCUUUACUUUGCAUGUGACUUGGUUGGUCAACAGUGCGGCUCAUAUGUGGGGUUCUAAACCAUAUGAUAGGUCCAUUAAACCGUCGCAGAACUCCUGGGUGUCGCAUCUCACGCAGGGUGAAGGGUGGCAUAAUUACCACCACGUCUUUCCAUGGGACUACAAAGCGGCGGAAUUGGAUGUCUACAGUGGUAACAUAAGUACGGCUUUUAUUGACCUGAUGGCGAAAAUUGGGUGGGCGUACGAUUUGAAGACCGCUUCGUCUGUUCUAGUACAACAAAGGAUGGAAAGAACUGGGUGAAAGUAUGGUUAAGGUUGCUCAAAUGUUGUAACUUUGUGAAGAAGUUUAAUAUUUUUUCGGUAUUUUGUUAAACUUAAAUUAAAAAUAAACAGGCAGUUAUUUAACAUUAUCGGUAAUAAGUACAGUAAUAACUGAUAAGACAUAUUAUAAUUAAGUAAAUGUAAAUAAAAUA